UUAGGUUAGGAAGGAAAUUCAUUGGCAAGUUAUGACAGUUGGCAGCAAAACCAGUUUGUGCCAUUUGUCCUGCCUGCCACAGCUUUAGUCUGUUCCAAGAACAGCUUACGGUAGGGGAAUUACAAAUGUACUACUGAAAGUGGAAACAGCUGUUGAAUUACAUUGCUUUUUCUUUCAAUUUGGUGUAUUGCAGUGCUGUUUCUUUGCAUGUUUUGUUUUUUUUUCCUUUUUCCAGUUCUCUUCUUCAGUAUCAAAUACUAUAUGUGUUAUAGAAAGCUCACAGGAAAAUCUUCUAAGCUGUAGGUUCUCUAAGCAGGUCUUUGGUGCACAGAAAUGGUAAUGAAUGAAUUCUCUGUAGUUUUGAUGCAAGUCUUUGGUUUGGGAGGCCUGAAGACGCUUUAAUUUGGAUUGCAAGCAGUUUUGUUGAAAGCAUUUUUCUCUGCAGGUGGAAGCUGAUGGACCAGUUUUUCUAAUCUGUGCCGUUUGCAUAAGGAGCACUGGUUAUCCCUGGUAUUGGGGUAAAAGUUACAGCGUGAAAGUGUCACCGAAUGUCUGCCCACAACGUUUCCAGCAUUCUUUUGUCUUUCUCUUUGUCUUGAUAGCCAGGUUAAAUGGUUCCAACUUAAAAAAAAAAGUUUGGAUUCAGAGAAGUAUCCCAUGUUCAACUCCCCUUUGAAGUAGGUAUCAAGGUAGAUAUUUAAGAAAAUCAAGGGUUCAGACCUAAGGAUUAGCCUUGCAGAAGUAAUUGUCCAAGUGUGUUUAGGAAAGAUGUUUAAGGCUGUUACUUUUUCUUCUCUACUGUAAUUUUUAAUAUGUCCAUGACAGUGAAGCCAUCUCCUGCUCCUGUUGUAGGGAACUGGCACGGUGGCACUGAUUGCUGCUCCCUGUUGUGUGUGAGGUUGCAGGAAACUAACACAGUUCUGUGUGAGACCCUACAGAAGGGGAGCGUGCUAUUUACUUUGACAGAUCUGAUGUUGAUCUAACCCUUUGUGCUGAUCUCACAGGGAUUUCCCUGCUGUCUCUCCCUCACCUACCCAGGAGCAGCAGCACGUUGCUGUGCGCAGGUGGCUCCUGGGUGCAGCAUGGGGGUCACUAAUGGCCCCUGCUCAUCAUGCCCUGAUGUUCCUGUAGUGACAACAAGAUAAUUCGUAGGUGGAACUUUCAAACACCUUGGGAGUCAACAGUUGUUUGAGGGCACGCCUUUGCAUCAGACUCUGGCUUACUUCAGCCUCCAUAAAUCUUAAGUGAAUGUUAAUGCUACUUGUUCAUUUUUUCCUGGUGUGGAGCAUCUGUCUCCCCAUAGCUACAGCGUGUUUUCCUGUUGGGUUAACAUGUAAAAGAAUGACAGAGGUGCUGUGCUGUCACCCUCUUGUCAUUCUCCUCUAAGCACAUGCUUCUAUGCUGGCUGCUCUGCUGUGGUCUUAACAGAGUGAAGGCAUCCUGGUCUUGACAGCAAGACAGUCCCCUGUUUUAUUGCUGCAAGAAGCGCCUUUGUUUGUCAGUGAAAGCUGUUCUUCUAACCUUUGCUCUGCUGUUUUUGCUGAUUUAUAUAUGUGUGUUUCCAUUCUUUCUUUGUUCAUACCAAUCUUAAUGUGUUACAUUUCUCAACAAUGUUCGUGUGUAGCAGGAACACAUUGAGUAAGAAGAUUGAGGCAGGUAGUUGCCUAGAAUAGAUUUAGAAAAUCUCACUUACAAAAUAUAACUAGAAUUGUUGAUUUAAAGGAGAUGUGACUUCUGACUGAUGUACUACAAUGCUUUGAAAGGGAGUACAAAUAGUCUGUAAGCAGACAUAACAGAUUCAAGAUCCAGCCCAUAUUAUGGCUGGCACUGGAUCCAAAUCAGGAUCAUCUAGUGGGUUUUCCAUGAAAUCACAGCUUCAAAUCACUGUUAUUUCAGCAAAACUGAAAGAAAAAAAUAAAUGGUUUGGACCUAGCCCUUAUGUGGAAGUCUCAGUAGAUGGACAGUCAAAGAAGACAGAAAAAUGCAACAACACAAGUAGUCCGAAGUGGAAACAGCAUCUUACAGUAAUUGUCACUCCUGUAAGUAAAUUAACCUUUCGAGUCUGGAGCCAUCAAACAUUAAAAUCUGAUGUUCUUCUGGGAAGUGCUGCUCUGGAUAUUCAUGAGACUUUGAAAUCCAACAGUAUGAAACUUGAACAGGUAGUGGUGACAUUGCAUCUUCUUGGUGACAGAGAACCAGCAGAAGUGGUAGGAGAUUUGUCUGUUUGUCUAGAUGGGAUGCAGGUAGAUCCUGAGCUCCUAACCAAUGGUGAUGCCUCAAGUACAAGGAGUCCUGUGCAGAAUGAUAGCUCCAGAGCAAGGAAUGAUACACGGACCAACUCAAAUGGCCUUGAAAACUGUGAAGAUGCUGCUCCCAAUGAAAACAAGACUGUUAAUGGCAGUGAUUCUCCAUUACUCACAAAUGGAAGCUGCAAACCUUCUAGACCUCCCAGGCCUUCCAGACCACCUCCACCGACUCCGCGCAGGCCUACUUCAGUAGCUGCAAGUAUAAAUGGUCCUUCAUCCACAUCUACAGAAAAUGAUGGGGCCAGUGCAGGAUCACUGGCAGGUACAGCUGCAAGUACGUCUUCAGAACAGAGCCCUGAGGGGGCAACAGCUGCAACAACAGCUCCUGCAACUGCUGCACUCACCACGCCUCCAGUAUCAAGACAAGUCCAGCCAGGAAAUCCUCCAGCUCAGGCACUUACUACAGUCAGUCAAGGUCCUCUUCCACCUGGUUGGGAGCAAAGAGUAGACCAACAUGGUCGAAUAUACUAUGUAGAUCAUGUUGAAAAACGAACUACGUGGGAUCGGCCAGAGCCUCUUCCUCCAAGCUGGGAGCGACGAGUUGACAACAUGGGGAGAAUUUAUUAUGUUGACCACUUCACCAGAACAACAACAUGGCAGAGGCCAACAUUAGAGUCUGUCCGAAAUUAUGAGCAGUGGCAGCUUCAACGCAGUCAGCUUCAAGGAGCCAUGCAGCAAUUUAAUCAGAGAUUUAUAUACGGGAACCAGGACUUUUCUUCCAUGCAAAGCAAAGAGUUUGAUCCUCUUGGCCCUCUGCCACCUGGAUGGGAAAAGAGAACUGACAGCAAUGGCAGAGUGUAUUUUGUCAAUCACAACACACGUAUCACUCAGUGGGAAGAUCCCAGGAGUCAGGGUCAAUUAAAUGAGAAACCCUUACCUGAAGGCUGGGAAAUGCGAUUUACUGUGGAAGGUAUUCCAUAUUUUGUGGAUCACAACAGAAGAACCACUACAUACAUAGAUCCCCGCACGGGCAAGUCUGCUCUAGACAAUGGACCCCAGAUAGCUUAUGUACGCGAUUUCAAGGCAAAAGUCCAUUAUUUCCGAUUCUGGUGUCAGCAACUGGCAAUGCCACAACACAUAAAGAUUACAGUGAGCAGAAAAACAUUAUUUGAAGACUCAUUUCAACAGAUAAUGAGCUUCAGUGCUCAGGAUCUACGGAGACGUUUAUGGGUUAUUUUCCCUGGUGAAGAAGGCUUAGAUUAUGGAGGUGUUGCAAGGGAAUGGUUCUUUCUAUUGUCACAUGAAGUUUUGAACCCAAUGUAUUGCCUGUUUGAAUAUGCAGGGAAAGAUAACUACUGCUUACAAAUAAACCCAGCCUCCUAUAUUAACCCAGAUCAUCUGAAAUACUUCCGUUUUAUUGGAAGAUUCAUUGCCAUGGCUUUAUUCCAUGGGAAAUUCAUUGACACUGGUUUCUCUCUGCCGUUCUAUAAGCGUAUCCUAAACAAGCCAGUAGGACUCAAGGAUUUAGAAUCUGUUGACCCAGAGUUUUACAACUCUCUCAUCUGGGUAAAAGAGAAUGAUAUUGAAGAAUGUGGCUUGGAAAUGUUUUUUUCAGUUGAUAAAGAAAUCUUAGGUGAAAUCAAAAGCCAUGAUUUGAAGCCAAAUGGUAGCAACAUUCUAGUGACAGAAGAAAAUAAAGAAGAAUAUAUUAGGCUAGUAGCAGAAUGGCGACUUUCCCGGGGUGUUGAAGAACAAACACAGGCUUUCUUUGAAGGCUUCAAUGAAAUUUUGCCACAACAGUAUUUGCAGUAUUUUGAUGCAAAGGAACUGGAGGUGCUUCUAUGUGGAAUGCAAGAAAUUGAUCUGAAUGACUGGCAGAGGCAUACUAUCUACCGGCAUUAUACCAGGACCAGCAGACAGAUACUAUGGUUCUGGCAGUUUGUGAAAGAAAUAGAUAAUGAGAAGAGAAUGAGACUCCUGCAGUUUGUUACUGGAACAUGCAGAUUACCGGUGGGAGGAUUUGCUGACCUCAUGGGGAGCAAUGGACCCCAAAAAUUUUGUAUCGAAAAAGUUGGAAAGGAAAACUGGUUACCUAGAAGUCAUACCUGUUUCAAUCGCUUAGACCUUCCACCCUAUAAGAAUUAUGAGCAGUUGAAGGAAAAGCUGUUGUUUGCAAUUGAAGAAACAGAAGGAUUUGGGCAGGAAUAGCUAAGAUUUGCACCUUGAAGAACGUGAACUUGAUGUAUGUUCUUCACUUCUUCUGCUUGUUGCACACUUCAUUGUAAAGUAGACUUGACUUGGAUUUAUUUAACAAUACUAGCGUGUAAGUAAAUGGGUGUUAUCCUGAGGUUUUAUCCACGUUAACUCCGGAUUUCUGCUGAGCACUUUCAGAGAUCAAAAGAGCAAUCAGAUAUGGCUACAAAUUAAUUAUGACCGAAGUAGAGAUUUAAUACAGCUUUGGGCGCUCAUUCAUUCCUUAGAAUGUGUCCUUAAUGACUGACAGAUUUUUUUAAAAUAGUUUUGUCUUUCCUUUUUAGUAGCAUAUUUUGCUACUGAUGCACUGGGAAGUUCAUUGGUAGCUGCAGUGCUGCAGCAGCAUCAUAACCUCUUUACAGCAGUGUUACUAGAGCCAACUCUUAACCAUCCUCUGCCUACUGUGAGCAAAUUCAUUGCUUAAGUUCUUUUUUGUAACUCAAGUGUGGCUGGACUGUUUUUUUCCCUGCCUGGAGUCUGCUCACAUGCCAGUUGGACUCAGACUGCUGUUAAGGGAAUGUCAAACUGUGGCACAGAUCUGAGGCAUAGCUUUGCUUUUUUUUUUGUUCACAAUCCUGCUAAUUUCAGCAAAAUAGAUGCCUGCCCAAAGUUGCUGGAAUGUUUCUGUGUGCCCUCGGAAGAAUUCUGACUUAUUUCUGUGUAACACAUCUAACUUUUAAAACUGUAUUAACACUGUGGUACUUCACUUGUUUUGCAAAAGACAAGACCACCUGGGAUUGCACUGAUUCCAUUUAGAUUCCUGUUUGCAGACUGAUAUUUCUUGUCAAAAGUGUUAAUGGACAUUAUAUUCAGUGUUAUUCUUACAUGUUGCAAGCAGUUUUCUCUGAAGACUUCAUUGGGCUCUCAGGAAGAGGUACAAAGUAACUGGAUUUAAAAAAUGAUAAUACCUAUCAUUUUUGGUGAUGAACUGAUAAGCAAUAUUGGCUAAGACUAAGAGGACUAGAAAGCUCAUAUGUGGAUUACAGAUUUUUGAAAAGUUGGAGCAUCAGAAAACAAUUCAAUUAGAAUUGAAGUUUUUGGGGGAGGUUUUUAAGCUAGGUCACCCACCCUAAGAUGCUUACAUAGCUGGUAACUUUUGUAGCAAGUUCUUAAUGGAUUAAUAACAUCUUUUUCUUCCUUUUAGAAUCUGUCAAUGUUCAGUUCUCUUCUGGUUUACAAAAACAUUUUACUGCUCCUUUAGACUGAAUGCACUUUUUGGGUAUGGUUGGCUCUUUCCUUAUCUGAAGUGAGGAAAGCAAACUUCAGUGAGACAAGCUGUUAGCCAUAGUAAAAAACAUGACACUCGAAAUACCAUGUAGCACAAGUUAAAGCAUAACCGUAGCUCAAAGCGUUGGGACAGCAGCUGUUUUUAAGAGGCUUCUAUAUACUGGAGCUGAAACAGGACAAUGGGGAACAAUAAAACUGAACUUCCAGUCUCAAAAAGAAUAUUUCCUUCCUGCUAUCCCUUCUGUAUAAACUACAAAGAUGGAAAAAACGAUUCAGGCGUAAGAAAAUCUAAGAUACUACUGACUCGAGAUUUUUCAGGUCAAAGUGAUACAGCCUGCUUGGAAAGCAGAAUUAGACCUUAGAGUGAAUUUUGUUAUGCAUAUUCUAACAAAAGCAACAGAAAACAGUUUCUGAUGGUACAGGAAUCACCCUCUUUUACAUUUUCACUGAUGGUGAGAACUAACCUGGCUUUGUGGUUUUACUAGCAGGAAAAUCUGCCAACUUCAAAACAUUUGAUGGAUAUUUUACAGCAUACAGCUCAUAAGGAGAAAAAAGCCUUAUAAAUAUUCUGUUUAUGUUAAUUCUUACAAUGAAAUCUAGAUAUCUAACAUAUUUACAAGAGAGAUUAAAUUAAGCAAGAUAAUACAAGAUUAAGCUAUGAAAAAUAGUUUGUGUUCUGCAUAACGCUUCAUGAUUCAUGUAGGAAACCUAGAAAUGUUGUUAAUGUAUAAAUAUCACCCAAAAGGCUUUCAGCCCUAUAUUUUUAAAAUAAAGAAUAGUUAUAAUUGAAAUAGCCUUAGCCCUAGUUCUAUAGGGUAUGGCUGUUUAAUAUUUUUAUGGUUGAAAUGUUUAGUUCAGGAAAAAGGUAAAUGCUUGUAUAUAUUUUUGCAAUCCGGGAUUCCACUUACUCCAUUUUUCUUUCUUUAAUUUAAAUGGCAUGUUUAUACGUCUUUUCUGCUGUAUUAGGGAGGGGGGAAAGGGGGCUGGAUAUCCCAAGCACUAGAAAUUAUUUUUAAAAUACUGCAAAGAAAGAAUCAGCUGGAGGGAAAAAAAUAUCUGUGAAACAUUGGAUUUAGCCAAAAUUUAAAGUAAGUCUACUACUGUGUUUAAUUGGCAGUAUUUCUGAAGUCAGAAGUAGAGACUACUUAGACAUUUUUCUUUGUAAGCAUUGUAAAUGCUAACAAAUCUGUUAAUUUUUUUCACAGCAUGUUGUGUAGAAAUAAAAAGCUGUUAAUAUGAACUGCUGGUGCACUUCUCUGUCCUUUAUGGGGAUUUGGUGGAAACAUGUGGAUAAGCCCACAGUGUCUUGUAUCCCAGAUAAUAGAUGAUUAUAAAUUGGACUUUCAGCAGAGAUUAAUGAAUUUGUCUCUCACUACUCCAACUGUUUUAGCAGCCUGAGCUGCAUAAAUUCAUAGUAUAUAACAAAUGUAUAUUCAUAUGCAACUGCCAAUUGAUCCCAAUUUUCAAGUAUUAAAAUAAUGUUUGUUUACAAUUUUGCCUUAUGAUAAUGACAUGAGAAAAGCAAUUAAAUGCUGACCGGCUGAUCUAAAAAUUAACAAAGCCUCAUUGUUCUGGGUAGCUCAAGAAAUGUUAGUAUACUAAAGUGCACAAUAAAUGUGUCAUGUGUUCAUCUGACCUAGUAUGGAAGUUUAUUUUUUAAUCCGUUUGCUUGUGGUUUAAAAAAAAAUAUACUCAAAGUAAAAAAAAAAAAAAAAAAAUUGCCUAAAUUUUUGGUUUGCGUUUUUAUUACAUGCUGCACUGAAUUUGUAAUCUCAGCUCUUUGUUGUAUUGGCAUCUCCAGCCUCCUUUUUUUGUGGUGUCUUUUGAUUUUCUUCAAGAAUCAUUGUUUGUGUAUAUGUGCUCUAGUGAACUAGUAAAUAAACUGGGAUCAGCAGCACUGGAUUGUAAAAUACUGUACUGAAAUUCAUUGUUGAAAUUUCCUUGCAUUGUAAUUUCAAAUACUCAGGUAACUGUAACAGUAUCUCAGUAAGUCAAAUACUUUUAUAAACUACUUAAAAGA